GGUUCUGCGUAGAACCUACGCCGUAACCUGACGCGCACCUCUCCAAAAUUGUAACAACGCGUCAACUCAACGCGGACCCUACGCGGACCGCAAGCGCUGUGAUUGGUCGGUUUGGCAGCAUCGUACUCCCUUCUACGCAUUUCCGGCAUCUUCUUUUCUGGUGUCUUCUUCCGGCAAGUUCAGAGUCCACAAAAUAACAACAUGGUGAGCAUCGACAUCGACCAAGUUACUGAGCGUCUGAUUGAAGAGGUUCGGAAAUACACGCAUCUGUAUGAAUCCUCUUCGGCGGACUAUAAAGACUGUCAGAUGGCGGCGAAUUCUUGGAGAGAGAUUUCCUCUAACGUCGGUUUGGCUUCCAUUGUCGUUUGCAAACACUAGCAUACACACACACAAAACAUCGGCGAAGAAGAGCAAACCCAUGAAAACACAAAGAGCCAACUAGCGUUUCGGCGGUGUAAUUGCAGUAUGACGCAUACUCUCAACGCAGAACCAUAAAUGUUCACGACGGCGUCGUCUACGUACGUAGGCUACGCCGUAUGUUCGCUGCUCCUCGGCGCGUUGUGUCAGUGAGUCACGUGACGACACAACAACGAAUCGCAGCAGGAGGGGGAGGAGUAGCAAAGUGGGCCAGGAUGUGAAAGCAGCGUUUGCUCAGGAUUGUAGAGGUAGAAGACACGAGCAAAGUAUAAUGAACGUAGAGAUCACACUUUAUCUCACUAUGGCGGAUAACAUUAAAGAAUUAAACGAAGUUAUCCGAAAAGGGCGCGCUGUUGCUGCAACCCUCGAAGAUAUUCAUGACCGCACUCAAUUGGAUGCUUUCGUUAAAAAAGGCCACACUGCAAAACUGGACGUGGGUCAAAUCGUCAAAGAAGGACAAACUAUUAUUGAAAUCCUUGACUAUGAGAGUUCAAGAAAUCAUCUGAAUCAUGUUCUAAAAGAAUCCAUAGAGCUGCUUGGAAAGGCAAACCAAAAUGGUCCAAAGGCGAAGAAAAGAAGGAUCCAGUCCAACGGUAGAGUCAGAUGUAAAUUGAGAAAGAAGUCAUGUCCACAACAAGCAAAGCCUUCUACUUCACACGAUUCAAGACUCAAAUCAAGGGCAUGUCCAGAGCCAACAGAACGUCGUCAAGACCAGGGUCCAGUUCAUGAUUCUCUUCUACAUGAGUUGCAAGAGCUUCUGUCAGCUGUUAGUUGUAACCUCCGUUCUGAGGGAACCCCACAUUCAGCAUCAAUGCAUUGGGGCACACGGACAGCAGCUUCACCAGAGAGAUGGGGGGAGGCCAGACCCUCUUUAAUCAACAACAGGCUUGCAACAGAGCAGAUCGAGGGACAGCUGUGUUUGGAGUGUAAGGCAAAGGUGGCAGUGGUCAAGUGCAAAGACUGUUUGCCUAAGCAGUAUACCUGCAUCAACUGUGACUGUGCUAUACACCGCACACAAGUAUUCCACAACAGGAGCACCAUGAUGUCAGGGUUCCACAAGGCUGUACCUCCCACCACAGUGGUGAAGCAGGACUCUGAUGGGCAAUACUUUCACCAUCAUGAAGAUCAAAUAUUACCUAUGGCACUACCAAAUUCAAUAUGCAGUUGUGGGGAAGAAAAGUACAGUGUUGGAAAAGCGAGGUCCAUUACUGUAAUCAACAUGAAGGGUCGCUAUGAACUGUCAUUGCCCCAUCUUCACUGUGAGAAAUGCAGAGAAACAUGGGUACCAGGUGUGUUAGAAAUGCAGAAGAGUGGCUACUGGCCUGCAACCAUGAACUUUUGCACCAUUUAUGAUGAGGAAGUCUUCAUGUCCUUCAAAGACUUGAAAAUGGCUGCUUCUGGACUGUCGCGUUUAGCAUUCAUAAGAAUGCUUGACAUGAAGACAGUGCACUACGGCAGAAAUGGCACCUUAUGUGGUGAUACAUUUUUGAAGAGCUUUUUCGAGUGGUCCAUCUGCCUUUAUGAGGUUGACAAGAUCUGCGGUGACCAACAUUUCAUGUGCCCAGCUUGUACCCCUCUAAUGCUGGCAGUUGCUGUGGAUGGCAACCGAAAACUUCAUCGCUUUAAAAAGGCGGGGAAUUCAGAGGACUCUGGCUACUUCGAAGGGUUGUUUCUUUGCAAAGAUGAUGAUGUUUCCUCUUUUGUUCAAUAUAUACGCAGAAAAGUGCAACACGUUGGGGGCAAGGGUGUUUGUGGAUCUGCGGAGUUCACAGCCUCUAAAGAGUUUUCCAGAAAGACCAGCAGUAAAUUGGAUGAGGAGGGAAUUGAAGUCGGUGUCUGUAGGCAUGGUGUUCUUUUGAGGGCACUCAAUAUGUUCAGAGGAGAGAUCUAUGCAUAUCCUUUGUACCUACAGAAAGAGCUCUGGACAGAAAAUGCAACUUUCUUUUGUGCUGACAUCAUGUGCAAAUACUGGCCAUACUUGAAAAAAGUUUGCCAGGCCUGCCCGGAACUGAGACAUCUUCUGAACAUGAAACCAUUCCUUUCAGUUAUGCACGCAAAAGUUCAUGGUGUAAAAUGUGAGAUCAAAUGGAGUGGAAGUUUUCAAAAGGGUGCUGCAUAUACCAUGGGGGAAGAAGUAGAACAAGCUAAUAGCUUUUUAUCAAGAAUUGGUAUAAGCACUAAGUUUAUGUCCAAAGCAGGACGAACAGAUUUGCUGACAUUGCAGUGUAUGGGGUGGAACAAAAUGAAGACUCAAAAUAUGUGCCAAACUAUUUGCACAAGAUACCAAAAGACCCAGCAGAAUCUAAAAAAAGAGACCGAAAGCCUACAAGACAUGAAAAAAGAACAGUGUGUAGAAGAUGGUGUACUGCAUCAGUGGGUCACAGAUGUACAGGAGUGGGCCCACACUACAACUGUAGGAGACAGUGAUGCUGCAAUUCAGCCAAUAAGGAACACAAUCGAAGAAUUAUCUUUGUGCAUUAAACAACGGCAGCAUCGUCUUUACAGACACACUGCCACAAACAAAGGACGCAAUAAAAUAAGAAGAAAAAUUAAUGAGGAGAGAAAAAAGCUGGCUUCUUCCAUUGAUGCCCUUGUUGACCCCUCCUUUAAGAUAGUGUCCAUUGAAGAGGUCCUUCAAAAUGACUUGGUUUUCCCCUGGCAGCUAACAGAGCAAGAUGAUGUCAACCUCUUGACAAAGAAGAAAGUCUUUGACAAGGUAAUGCUGAUUCAACGAUUAGAGGAAGAACAGACUGUCCUUGUUCAAGAGGCAAAGCAGCACUGGCUUUUUCUAAGAAGUCAGGAACACAAACUGAACAGUUUGCUUGAUACCAUCAUUUCAGGUGUUAACCCCUGGAAUCUUCCAGAUGAUGGGAUUCAGGGACUUCAGUGUGUGUUGAAGAGAAAAUUACAUGAGCUAAGAGCUCACCAGGACAGUGUGAAAACAAGUUAUCAGGCAAUAGACACCAUAACCGAACAUUUUACUGUUGAAGAAUGCGAAUAUCCUAGCUGGGCAGAACCUUCGGGAGCCCUUUACUCAAGCAGUACCGAUCUGAGCUCUGAUGAAGACGAUGAAGACGAUACAUUUCUGCUGUAGUUAUCUAUUACUCCCCUUGUCUUCUCACUAUUUUUAUUUUCAUUUAGUCUUUGCCUCUGUGUUUGCAUGUGUGCUUGUCUUUUUAUACCAUGGGAGAUGAACCGAUUAACUUUGAGGGAUCGAUUAAAAUGUUCCUUUGGGUUUAUUUCUGAUGAGUUUUACAGACAUGUAUCCUGUGGGGGUUUUACAGACAUACUACAGUAUCUUGCUGGGAUUUGGAGCUGUAAGGAUAGUUUUGAGGAAUGUUUGUAUUUUGUGUGCAACAGAAGAUUAUUUGUGUGCGUGUGUGUGUGUACCCUUAAUGAGUAUUUAUAUAUAAAGAGUUUA